AGCUCCCCGAGCCCAUGGCCGCAAUGGCUCCAGCUGCCGUGUCGUUCCUGGCGAUGGCGCUGCUGUUGCUCAGUGACGCGGAGGCCAAGUUCCUGCCCAACAACAUCACCGUCGUUGGCUCCGUCUACUGCGACGCCUGCUCCAACAAUACCUUCUCCAAGCACAGCUUCUUCCUGAAAGGGGCCAGGGUGCUGAUCAAGUGCAGCUUCAAGGUGAACUCGACGUCGUCCGAAGAGCUGUCCCUGGAAGCGGAGCGCACCACCGACCAGCACGGCGUGUACAAGCUGGACGUGCCCCCCGUGGACGGCUUCGAGUGCCGCGAGGGCCACGAGCUCCGGUCGGCGUGCCGCGCCACGCUCGUCCGGAGCUCCUCCGCCGCCUGCAACGUCCCGGGCCUCGGGGCCUCCACGCAGCACAUCGAGCUCCGCUCCCGCGCCACCAGCGCCUGCUUCCUCAACCUCAACGCGCUCAACUUCCGCCCCGCCAAACGGGACGGCGCGCUCUGCCACGCCCAAGGGGGCGACGACGCGUUCGGCUCCUCGCUUUUCUUCUGGCCCUUCCUGCCGCUCUUCUGGCCGCCGUUCAGGGUCCCGGGCGGCGGCGCCGGCGGGACGGUGUCGUUCCCGUGGCCGUUCCCGGUGCCGGCCUGGCUGGUGCCGUUCCUGCGGCCACCGUUCUUGCCAUUCCCGCUCUACGAGCCGGCGCCGUCACCACCGCCGCCGUUCUACCGUUUCCCGCCUCCCCGAGAAGCGGUUUCUCGGCCUUGAAAUCCCAUGAGCCAAGAAGCUUGUCAAGAUACGCUAUUUUAGCCUUUCUUGGCAUUAGAUUGUGUGUUAGUGAUGAGAAACUGAUCAGAGGUCGUGUGAUAUUUGGCCCGGCCCCAUGAUAGGUUGACCUCCGUGCGCAUGUAACCGAUGCUAGUACUGAUGCUGCCAUGUAGUUCAUUGUGCUCGUGAACUGAUGAACACGUGUGGUCUGAUAUUUAGUAGUGGCAAACUGGCAAUGGUUACUUGUUACAUCUCCUAUUUGAAGGUUCAGCCAAGAAAGCCCAUGGUGU